GUGUACGUCAAGUUUGUUGAGACAAACACCAGCUGGAGCGGGGUACUUCGAUUCGGAUUCACCAGCAUCAACCCAAGCACGAUACGGGGCUGCGACCUGCCGCGCUAUGCGUGCCCGGAUCUGACCAACAAGCCGGGCAACUGGGCCAAAGCCCUGGGGGAACGGUAUACCACCAGCAACAUCCUGCUGCACUUCAGCGUCAACAGAAACGGCGACGUCACGUACGGUGUCAAUGGCGAGGAGAAGGGCCUCUUCUUCAGCGGCGUGGUCACCUCGCAACCCUUGUGGGCAAUGUUGGACAUCUACGGCAAUACUGUCGGAGUGGAGUUUUCUCAUGCAAAUGCAGAAAUUGAACCUCCAGCAAAUGCUUCUCAAUUUGAUGCCAGCCCACUUCCUAUGGAUUCAGACCUCUUUAAUUUCUCAGCUUUAUCUCUGAACACCACCCCAAGUUCCCCCCAGACUGUGCCAGCUCCCCCAGCGAUACAGUGGCAUGCAGGUGUUACACUUAACCCUCUCCAGUUUCAUCGCCUGCUGGGGCGGCAUGUCAGAGUCAACUCAGAUCGUUCCAUUGCCAUAAGGCUUGCAGAUGAGUACUGCAAUGCUUUUGUAUUCACAGCCAGGCCUGUUCGUUUUGGGGAAACAAUAGUCAUUCAGGUACUGAGCGUUGACAGAUCAUUUAUUGGCGGCCUAGGCUUUGGGUUGACAGCCUGUGACCCUGCCACUGUCGAUCCCAACAGUCUGCCUGAUGAUUCUGAUCUCCUGCUUGACCGGCUGGAGUACUGGGUGGUCAACAAAGAUGUCUGUCGCAACCCUGAAGUUGGAGAUGAGCUGAGCUUUCACAUCUUGGAGAAUGGUGAAGUUAGGUACGCCAGAAACAAUCAAGCACCGGUGACCCUGAUGCAUGUAGAUAGGACACUCCCUCUGUGGGCCUUCUUUGAUGUUUAUGGCAAUAUUCAGCAGAUCAAACUUUUAGGAACCACGCUGGCUCCAAUUCAAGGCCGUCUGCCCCGAUCGCAGUCUCUAACUGGCUACAGCAGUAUCCCGGCCGGAGUGGGCGUCCCUGGUAGUAACUUUGGAGGCGCCCUCUAUGGAACUUCUGUUCUUACUGUUGCUUUACCUGUGGGAGGAAGUGCGGCACCAGCAUCCAUGCCCACACAUGUGCUCCGCAGCAACAGCGUCCCAGUGUCAUGCCUGUCAUCUGCUGCCUCGGAAUGUGCAGAAAAUCACCGCAUGACUCACCCCACUUCGCUUCCCGCCACACCUCUUUCCCCCACUUCGCAAGGUCCACUGGAAGAGGGCGCCGCUGACUGCAAAGUCUGCUGGGAACGUGUGAUAAACUGUGUUCUCUACACCUGCGGCCACAUGUGUUUGUGCUUUGAAUGUGCCAUGACAAUUCGCAGCGAGAAGGGAUUAUGUCCGAUCUGUCGCCAAGCAAUAGUGGAUGUCAUUAAAAUCUAUAAGUCUUAG